AGUUUGUUGUUAUUGGUAAGAAAAUUUGCCUCCAAUUUGUAGAAAUAAAUAAAUUUAUAUGAGAUUUAUACGAUAACAUUCAAUAAAAUGUCUGAGGAGGCUCCAACUACUUCAGCCUUUGGCUUCAAGAAGCGGAACAUUAACAAAGGUGCAGCCAGACGACGUAAAAAGUCAAGCAGCAGCAGCAACGAAUCAGUAAAAAGUAGCGAUGAGGAGCAGCAGAGGAAGACCAGUGCUGUGGUUCGAGCUGAGAAUAGACGCAAACGUACAAAUCCCAAUUUUCAGAGCACCAAAUCGGGAGUAGCAAAACGGCAGGCCGGAGCUGGCAUUGCCAACGCGAAUUCCUCAGAGGAGGCUGAAGAGGAGCAUGAUAACUUGGGUGUAGCCUACAAAUCAAAGCGCGAGGCAUUGCCCACUGGUCCACAAGAUCAGGGGGCAACCUCGAUCAAUGAAAUGGACACAGAACUAGAUCGUGAUGCCCAGGCUAUACACGCAAGGGCCUUAAAGAUAAACGAGGAACUCGAGGGCAAGGCGGAUGAUAAAAUCUAUCGUGGAAUUAAUAAUUACGCCCAGUACUAUAAGAAACAGGAUACGGCUGCCGGUAAUGCCAGCUCAGGCAUGGUACGCAGUGGUCCGAUACGAGCCCCGGCUCAUCUUAGGGCCACCGUUCGAUGGGACUACCAGCCGGAUAUAUGCAAAGACUACAAAGAGACGGGCUACUGUGGUUUUGGAGACAGCUGCAAGUUCCUUCACGAUCGAAGUGACUACAAGGCCGGCUGGCAACUAGAAAUGGAUCAUCAGGCUGAAAAGCGUGGCGAUUGUGACUCAGAUGGCGAUGAUGGUAAAUAUGAGAUUCAUUCCGACGAGGAAACAUUACCGUUCAAGUGCCACAUUUGCCGGCAAAGUUUUGUCAAUCCAGUUGUGACCAAAUGCAAGCAUUAUUUCUGCGAGAAAUGUGCCUUGGCUCAGUACAAGAAGUCACAGCGUUGCAUAGUCUGCUCUCAGCAGACAAAUGGCAUAUUCAAUCCUGCAAAAGAGUUGAUAGCGAGACUCAAAACAGCUCCCAUCGACUCUGAGGAUAAUGAAGAUGAAAAUGAUGAAGAUGAUCAAGAGAAAAAUUUAGAAAAUCCCCAAGAAAUUUCCUCGGGAGAUAGUGAUUAAGAAAAUUUUGAAGUUAGGCGCUCAAGUUGAUCUAAAAGCUUUUGUUAGACUAAGCUUAAAGCUAAACAUUUAAAUCUGUUUUUAACAUAAAUAAUAUACUUUGAAAUGUUUUCCGAAUUUAAA